AUGGCGUUCAUAACUAUAGAGAGAUAUCUGAGUGUCUCGGCCCCGCUUAUUGUGAAGAAAUUGAUCACGCAUCAGAGAACCGUAGCCACACUGAUAGCCAUAGUUAUUUUAAAUACUUGUAGUGUCAUUCCGAUCUAUCUUUCUUCGACACUGGAAUUAAAGUACUACCCAAAGUUAAACGUGUCACUGUACAGUGUCAUCCUCGCAAGCAACAGACAAGAAUUAGAAGACAUCAGCUUCGGAAUCCACGCCAUCCUUCAGCUUCUCAGCUUAUGCCUCAUCACUCUGUUCAACUUUCUUCUCAUUGUCCAGCUCAAGCGCCAAUCCAACUGGAGGCUCACUAAAACUUCUGCAGUUUCACUCAAGAAGAACACCCUAGCCAACAGAGACGCCAAAGCCAAAAAAAUGAUCAUCACUUUGGCAGCCCUUUCCUCUAUCUGUUACCUACCUUCCGUAACGAUCGGUAUAACAGUUGAUUUCAUUAAAGAGUUCAGGAUCUACGGGGCCUAUGGGCCACUGAUCAACAUCUUCUUUUCGUUUUGUUUUUUACUUGGAAGUAUCAACUCCGCUUCAAAGUUUUUUAUUUUCUACACCAUGAGUUCUAAAUUUAGAGUGACAUUGAAAAAACUUUUUAGAAAAACUUUCAUACUUCCCUCGAGCUAA